GUUCUACCCAAUGGCUGUAGGGGAGCUUAUCCGGAAGUGGCGGUGUCAGGUGGGUAGGAAGGCGGAAGUGAGCUGCCUGUGGGUAACCCGGAAUGGAGUGGUGACCGGUGCCCAUGGAAGGGGCGGGGCCUGGAGACACCGGGAACGGAGACGGGGAGCCGGUGGUGUGCACCAUGGAGAACAAGCCCAUAGUCACGUGGGCAGGAGACCAGAAUGUAUUCUAUGCAGUUUUCCCCAUCCUGACGCAGCAGCUGCCCCGGGAGCCUAUGGAAUGGAGAAGGGCUUAUGGUCGUGCCCCAAAGAUGAUUCACUUGGAGUCCCACUUUGUACCAUUUAAGGAAGAACUUCUCCCGAAAGAUGGGAACAAGGCCUUGCUCACCUUCCCCUUUCUCCACGUUUACUGGACAGACUGCUGUGACACGGAAGUCUAUAAAGCCACAACAAAAGAUGACAUCACCAAAUGGCAAAAUGCACUGCGCACUCACAGCACCACUGAUUGGCUGAUUGUGGUUGUGGAAAGCGAAGCAAAGAAGAAGAAUAAAACCAACAUUCUUCCCCGGACGUCCAUUGCUGACAAGAUCCGCAGCGACUUCUGUAACAAGCAGAGUGAUAGGUGCAUGGUGUUGGUGGACCCUCUAAAGGACACAUCUCGAUCCCAGGAGUCCUGGUCCAUGUUUCUAGCCAAGCUGCGCACAUUGCUCCUCACGUCCUUCACCAGAAAUCUUGGCCACUUUGAAGAUGAUAUGAGGACCCUGAGAGAGAAGAGAACCGAACCGGGCUGGAGCUUCUGUGACUACUUCAUGGUCCAGGAGGAGCUCGCGUUUGUGUUUGAGAUGUUGCAGCAGUUUGAGGAUGCUUUGGUUCAGUACGAUGAGCUGGACGCUCUCUUUUCUCAAUAUGUACUUAACUUUGGCGCUGGGGAUGGGGCCAAUUGGUUGAGCUCAUUUUGCCAACCAGUAAGGAGUUGGGAUGGCCUGGCCCUGCGCAAGCCCAUCGACAUGGAGAAGCGAGACCUGAUCCAGAGACGCCAGGCCAACCUGCUGGAGCUGCGCAGUUACCUGUUCUCCCGCCAGUGCACCCUGCUUCUCUUCUUGCAGCGCCCGUGGGAGGUGGCGAAUCGAGCCCUGGAGUUACUGCACAAUUGUGUGCAAGAGCUGAAACUCCUGGAGGUGUCUGUCCCUCCUGGGGCUCUGGACUGCUGGGUGUUCCUCAGUUGCCUCGAAGUGCUUCAGAGGAUUGAAGGAUGCUGUGAGCGCGCUCAGAUAGAGGCCAACGUGUCCCACACCGUGGGCUUGUGGAGUUAUGCCACUGAAAAGCUCCAGUCUCUUGGCUCGUUGUGUGGUUUAGUGUCUGAGAAGGGUCCUUGCUCUGAAGAUCUUCAGCGAACUGUGGACUUGUUGGCUGGACUUGGAGCAGAGAGGUCAGAGACAGCCAACACAGCACAUAGUCCUUAUAAGAAGCUGCAGGAGGCACUGUCCUCUGAGGAAGCCUUUGAGAAGCACUAUCUGGAGCUGUGCCACGCAACCAUAGAGAUGUACAACAGCAUCGGAAGGAGUCGCUCUUCCAAGCUGGUUGGGAAGGAUCUGGCCGACUUCUACAUGAAGAAGAACUGCCCGCAGAAAGCUGAGCCCUUCCUACAGAGCGCCCUAAAUAUGUACCAGUCAGAGGGCUGGGAACUGCCCCUCACUCACACUCGCAAACAACUGGCCGAGUGUCAGAGGCAACUUGGACAGACAGAGCCAUACCUCAGGACUUGCAGUCUGCUGGCGGCUGAUGUGAAUCUCUCUCAGGAAGAGCGACAGCUUUUCUGCCAAGAAAUCCUCAAGUUUGCAGCCAAGAACAGUGUCAGCACAGAGUCCCCCGUCUGCCUCCCACUGGGAUCAUUCGCACAGCUCACCUCUCUCAGCUUUGAGCCCCCCAAUGCGGUUGUGCACGUGGGAGGGUCCCUGACCAUGGAACUGACCCUGCUCAGCUUGAUGCCAGAGCCCCUGCAGCUCGACUAUAUCUCUGGCCACUUCCACUACAACCUGGACAAGAACAGCUAUCGCAAGACGGCCGAGUGGCUAACGAGGCACAAACCAGCCAGUGGCACAAUCUUCUUUCAGACUGAUGGGCCCCUAGGGGCCAGAGGAACACCACCUGCUCUAGAACUCUCUGAGAUGCAUGAGAAGAGCCCAUCAGAAGGAGGACUAGUAAGCGCAGGAGUCAUCUGUAGAAAUGUCCAUGUGCUGCUUCGCUCCCAGGACUCCCAGUCAUCCUCAUCAUUGGACAGACAGUCCAGUCUCACUGUGAAGGAAGGAGCCAACACUCUGAAGUGCCACAAUGUCACACUGCAACCUGGCCUCAACCACCUGACCUUUCAUACCCAGGCAUCAGAGUCGGGCACCUACACCCUGCGCCAGCUGGUGGCAUCUAUUGGAGAGGUGCAACUGCAGCUGCCCCAUAUCUACCCCAUUGUUCAAUAUGAUGUGUAUACCCAGGAUCCUCAGCUGAAGGUGGAACCCCAGAGUGAAUGCCUCCUGGCUGGAAUCCCACAGAGUGUGAAGUUCACUGUCACCACAGGACAUUACACUAUAAAGACCGGAGACACCCUACAGCUGAGUAACGCUGAGAAUAUGCCCAUCCUGCUGGGAGCGGGCACCACAGCCGCCAGCUAUAGGAACAGCCAGGGGGAAGUGAGUGAGAAGGCGCUUAGUAUUCAGCGCUCUGAGAAGGUAACAAGUAUCUGUCUGCCCCCCACGCCACCCUAUCACAUCCUGGAGUUUGAGCUGGACGUGGUGUGUUUGCUGCCAGAGGCCGGUCACCUGCUUAAUGGAGAGGUGCCCCACAGAGGGCGGGAUCAGCUGGACUCACACAGCAGCAGCAGCAACACUACAGAACAGAGGGUUACUGUUGACUGUCCGUGGUCCAUCUAUUCCACUAUCGUCAGUCUGUCCUUCCAGCUGCCCCUGAGAGCUCAGCACACUCUGCUCUCCUCCGGGACCCGGAAAUAUAUUCAGCUUUGUGUGGAAAACACGUGUGAGUUCCAGUUCCAACUGUCGGACAGCAGUCUCACCUCCACACGGGACUUGAAGUUCCGGCCCCUGCACCAAGCAGGUAUCCAGGACCUCCAGAGCCAGCAGUGCCUGUUCUUCAUCUGGGAAGUCACGUGGUGCCCGGAUCUGCCCGCAUCGCUGCCCUGUCAUUUCUCUGUCAGCUUCUACCCUGUCCCCUCACCAAAUCCCUGCAGCUACCUACAGCCCUUCACCUACCUCUUCCACCUGGAGCACUUUUAUACCUUAUACACAGUGCGUGCUGAGAUCUCGCCCCCCCCAGAUGCAGAGUUCUGUAAGACGGGCGCUCUCUGCUCACUGGAAGUCUGUAUCAUGCGCUUGUGCGACUCACUGGAGAAUGACAAAGAGGAGAUGCUCACUGACUGCAAUGGAUACAGCAGUGCCCAGCUCUUCUAUCAGGUUGCAGAUGGCGGCAGUAACUGGGCAGUUUGUGGGCGCAGCUCUGGGGUUGUGAUGAUGCCAGUGAAGGAGGGUGCAUGUCACACUCUCCGUAUGGAGGUCAUGCCCCUGUUUGCCGGUUACCUUCCUUAUCCCGACGUGCGGCUCUUCCGUUACCUCCCUCAUCAUUCGCACUCCCAACAACUGGAUGCAGACAGCUGGAUUGAGAAUGACUCUGUGUCGGUGGAGGAUCCAUGUGAGGUGGCCAGUGGGCGGGCACAGAAUAGAGGGUGUAUCUCUCCGGGAGCCACAGGCACCAGUAUGGAACACAAGGGACUCCCAAUGCCUCGGCUGCAGCCCUUUCACCCCGGGCAGAUCAGCAAUGGCAGUUUAGGCCGGCAAAUCCUUGUCGUGCCCAGCACAGAUGACCAUGUGCUGGAGGUGAAUGUCACAUGACCCUGCGCCCCUCAGGGGCAGAGCCAAACCUGUAUUAUGUAUGUACAGCCGGGGUCGGGGCUUGGACAUGUGGGGGGUGGGGGUGGAUUUUUCCAGAACGCAGCCCCGAUGGAGAUCAUAGACUCUGCUCUGCAUGUGCUCCUGAUUGGGCAGGUGAUGAGUGGGGACGGGUCAAUCUGUAGCUCGUUAAGGAGCGUAUUAUCCUCGGACUCGACGUAGCAGACUUACAGGUGGGAUUCUUAAUGGAAAUUACUGGAAUACUGGGGGGGGCUAUCACUCUUCUUAUUGGCUCUGCUACUGGACUAACUGGGCUGCAUUUCCCUCUCACUAAGCUCCAUCUGCCACUCUCUGCCCUCUCUUUGCCUUGCAGAGCUGAUCUGUGGCACCUUAGCUUGCGCUGUAGAGCCUCAGGGUGCCCAAAUGAAUUGGCACAAGAGGAAAGGGCGAUAAUGUUCUUAGAGAAGUAGAUAAGUGACCCCAUCUGGGUUAUUAUGUGCUAAUGCUUAGGGCAAAGAUAAUCCGUGCUAGGCAACAUGUGGCACUCCCAUCAUCACUCUGCUGGUUGAGUUGCAGGGAGUUGUAUGCCAGCUGCAGGAGCACCACAUGUUGCCAACUCAUAUUUUGUGGGGUCCUUGGGAUGAAAUAUGUAACUGGACCUAAUGCAUUUCAGUAUUCAGUGUUUACAGAGACUUUAUAUACAGGGGCAAGGGGCUUCUCUUAUAGUCAGUGCCAGGGUGGGGCAGUUAUGCAGCGUUACAAUCCCUGGGGGAGAAUAUGGAGGGAGUGCAGUGGGAAUAGCAGUGAAAGCUUAGCAGAUUCUCCUCCUGGGGGUGGGAAUAUGGUACAAAGUUCAACAUGGUGCCAUUACCCUGAAUGAGGGUAGAGGUUCUGCAGACUCAGUUGGCAGCUGGUAAAUGCUCUGCCGGCUGUACAUUGGCAUGCGGCAGAAGUGCUGCAGAUUUGGGAUCCAAUAGACAGAAGCCACAAAUGUAUUUUUAUCUCAGAUAAUCAUGGAGUUGUUUCCGUUACAUUUACACAAUGGACAGUCAGAAGAGGGGGUGAUUAUGGGUGGCAGCUGUGGGAAUGAGAAUGUGGGUGCAGCUGGUGAAAUCUUUUGGCCUCCGUGGAACUGCUCACUGUCUCUGUGCCUGGAAUAAACGCAACAAAGAUUGUCUUACGUUGGCCCCUAUUUUGUGGGGUUAUUUUUGCACCAAUGUAUUAUAUACACAUGUGAGUCCGGGUUACAGAGUUGCACCCACACCUCUAGGCCGCAACAUACUGUCCCUUGCUUUAUACACACUGGCCUGUGGCCCCCUGUAUGGUAACACUACUUUGCUGUCCAUUGUGAUAUUUGCCUGCUGCUAUGGGGGCCCAACCCUGCCCUGAUGUAACCCCCCAUGUACUUAGCCCAACCCCCUUCUAUGUAAUAUACCCUGUGGGAGAAAUGUUAAAUUAAGGUGACACUCUAAAUUCAGAGUAAAAAGAAAUACACAUUUUAACAGAGAA